CUGUGUUUACUAGGCGGAUACAGCUGCUGGCUGGGAAACCAGCCCGCCUUUGUGUUUGGUGAUAGUCUGCUGCUGUUAAUCAAACCGGACUUCUUGUUUUACCGUUUGCUAAACGGCUUGUUUUGCUGCCUUUAAAAAACAUGUCUGAAAACGGACCCGAGCCCAGAGAGGACACUACAGAUGCAAGAAGCGCUGAUGGACCAAAGUCGGCGGGAUCUUUGUCUGCCUCCAGUCCCAUGGAUGUUGACGCAAAAGCCCAUUCUCACAGUUUCAGAUACAACAUGAAUUUCCCCCUCAUCGGCCGGUGCAUUAUCAUCAACAACAAGAACUUUGAUAAAAACACAGGCAUGAAUCAGCGAAAUGGCACAGACGUUGAUGCAGGCAAUGCAGUGAAAGUGUUUUCAACCUUGGGAUACAAAGUAAACGUUUACAAUGACCAGACAGCCAACCAGAUGGAGCAGCUUUUAACUGCCGUGUCUAAGGAAGAUCACAGCCAUUCAGCUUCAUUUGUCUGCGUUCUCUUGAGUCACGGAGAUGAUGGUGUGUUCUUCGGCACUGAUGGUGCAAUACCACUAAAGACCUUAACCUCCCUUUUUCGAGGUGAUCGCUGUAAAUCGCUGGUGGGAAAGCCCAAACUCUUCUUUAUCCAGGCUUGCAGAGGCACUGAACUAGAUGGAGGCAUUGAAGCAGACGCCCCUGAAGAUGGCAUUGGCAAGAUCCCUGUGGAAGCAGACUUUCUCUAUGCCUUCUCUACAGCCCCAGGCUACUACUCAUGGAGAAACACCCAGUCUGGAUCUUGGUUCAUGCAGUCUCUGUGUGAUGUGAUCAGGAAGUAUGGAAAAGAAUUGGAGAUCCUACACCUCAUGACAAGAGUGAACCACAAGGUGGCAGUAGAGUUUGUGUCUGUCUCCAAUUUACCAGGAUUUGACGCAAAGAAACAAAUCCCCUGCAUCGUGUCAAUGCUGACCAAAGAGAUGUAUUUUUCCCCUUGAUGUCAUCUUCACAUGAGAAAAACACGAGCAUGGCAAGCAGAGGAAAAAGGCUUGGGAGUGUAUUAUUUUUAAUUUACAGUUUUACUUCAUCUCUCUUAAAAAUUACAUAAUCUUUGAGAGCAGAUGUGAGGGACCAUUUCAGUCUCAUUUCACUGGCUUGGCAUUAUAAGAUUCUUUCUGCAUAGAAUUUCUGAUAUGCAGGGGUUUCAACUUUUUCUCACACCAACCUGUAAUUUUACACACAAAACCUGGAAAGGGUUGUUUUUUUUUGUUUUUUGUUUUUUUUAUGGAACAAUUUCAGUGGAAACUAAAGUAUAAAAACCUACUGGUAAAAAUGCUGAUAGCCUUUGUCACUCUAGUUCACUGUCUAGUUCUUUGUUGUUUACAAAUAUACACAUUCAGGGAUGUAUUUUGUAAGCCAGUCUUGUAGGGAAUUGGUUCCUUUUGUGUCAUGAAACCAUCAAUAUACUAAAUCAGUGGUGCAUCAAAAUCUGUGUCUGAGCACAUUUGUCAUAAGGGAUUAUGUAUGCAAACUGUUUUUUUGUGUUUUUUGUACAUUCUUUUCAUCUUUCCAGUCAUAUUUCAGUGUAGUAACAACACACUUGAAAGUUGUGCAUUUAAAAUAUAAUCAGUCAUUUGCUGAAUUAGUACCUGCUGGAAUGCGUGACAUAUAAAUAAAAGUAGCACUUGAAGUCAGUAGGAAAAUUAUGUAUGUCAGGAACAUCCUGUGAGCCAUUUUGUGAUAUGAGGAUGAUAAAAUUCACAAUUGCAUAUACUUCGUAACCUUCUAUUUUCUGAACGUAGGUGUCUUUUAAUUAGGUGCUUCCUGUGAAUACCCUCAAAUGAAAAGGUACAGAAACUCCACAGCUUUCAUGAGUAAGGCCUGACUGUUGCCUGAAGACAUUUGUAUGUGGAUUCAACUUCCAAUUUUGUUUUAAGCUGUCAUUUUGAUAAACAUGUUUAGGUAACAGGGUGAAAAUGAACGCUGGUGUGGAGUAGCACUUGAUUUCUCAGGAAAAUGGAGAAAAAAAUUCUAAUGUUGAAAUAUCCCAGCUGAUAUGAUGGUUAUUCCAUUUUCAUCAAAAAUCUAUUGGAUAUUAAUUCACUCUUGUUCAGUUGAGCAGAAAUUGGUUAAACAGUGAAUUUCACAAGGCUUUCAAAUGUCAACAUUUGGUUUAUUUCCAUUUUUCCCGGAAUAUAAACUCAAGGUCUUUUGAGAUUUUAGCUGUCGAUAUGACAAGUCAGGAAAUUUGGGAAAUGAGUGCCUUUCUGAUUAAACAGUCAUUUCAAGACUAUAA